AAGAUUAAGGAUAGAAUCCUUUUUUUUUUUGCAGCUCCAGGAUUUCCAUGUAUCGGUCCCGGAAUAAUAUCACCUUUCAAUCCUUUGCACUACAACGGUAAAAGGAAACGCCGUCAUCGAACAAUAUUCAGCGAAGAGCAGUUACAAAUUCUGGAAAAUGCUUUUCACGGAACUCAUUAUCCAGAUGUUAUGUUGAGAGAAAAAUUGGCUGAACAAUGUGCGCUGAAAGAAGAACGGGUUGAGGUUUGGUUUAAAAACCGACGAGCAAAAGACCGUAAACAGAAACGUGAAAGUGAUGGUAAAGCAAAUUGUACAGUGAAAAUGAGCGCUUCAGAUGAAUCAGAUUACGAUAUUUCUGAUGAUGAAAAUACGUCUCGAAAAUCACUGGUAACAAAACGAAAACGAUUAUCCACAAAUGAUGAAGUUGGUUACAGCAAUAAAACUGGUAACGGUGGCGGUGGUGGUGGUGGUGGUGGAACGUCAACACUACCAACUGCUACGACACUGACUUCAAUUGCUUUAUCCAACGAUAAAGCUAAUUCAUAG